AUGAAGGGUUUCGUUGCUGCCGCAUCCACCCUGGCCCUCGCUGCGAGCGCCAACCCUCUUGCCCCGAGAGAAAACACCUGCGCGCAGGGCUCCAAGCCUCCGUACGGCGCCCUCACCAACAGCGCCUGCCCGUGCUGGAGCUGGUACAAGAUCCAGACGGGCGACGGCGACUGCGGCAAGGUGGCGAGCAAGUUUGGCGUCAGCCGCGCCGACAUCAUCAAGUGGAACCCAGACGUGAGCAAGACGCUGGACGGCACCUUUUACGACUGCAUCAACUUUUGGCCUCAGCAGCAGAUUUGCGUUGGUGUCACGCCUCCCAACCCCCUGCCCGCGGCUCCGUGCAACGCCGACGCUCCGUACCCCGUGGGCAAGGACACCGUCUGCGGCUGCAAGAAGUGGUACAAGAUUGUGAGCGGCGACGACUGCGGCCCCGUGGCGGGCAAGUUUGGCAUCUCGUCGGACCAGCUCAUCAAGUGGAACCCGUGGCUGUCGGCGGAUGUCGACGGCACUCACUACGCUUGCAUGAACAUGUGGCCUGGGGAUAACCUCUGUGUUGCCGCUUGA